AGCAAUGUUGACUCAAGUCCAAUCAGGGGCCCAAGCAAAGCUUGCUGCCUGGGUCGACAGACUUGUUUCCGCACGCCGAGGCGGCAUCAGCUCACAUCGGAGCGGAAGCUCUCGAUAGGCUGUUGGUUCCGAGAUAGAGCUGAUGGAGCGCAUCAUUGGCCUGCUCGGCGACGAGACGCAGCACACAGGACUCUAUUCGGGCGGGCGCCGGGGGCCGCCGCCUGCUGCCGCUGCGGGGGCGGCGCCUGCCGCGGAGGAGACGGCAGCCGCACACGUGCAAGCGUUGCCGGCGCUGACGUCUGCACCGGCGCCUGCGCAAGCGGCGGCACCACCUUUGCCCACGGCAGCUCCAGCGGCGGCGCCCGCGUUACCAGCCGCUGGGGGCCCUUUGCCGUUGGAUGACCCGCUCGCUGUUGUGAACAUGCUGCACGAGGUGCUCGUCGGGGCUGGGCUGCACGCGGACCUCGGUCUGCCGCAGAUCGCGGUCGUGGGCUCGCAGUCCGUCGGCAAGACAUCUGUCCUCCAGAGCCUCGUCGGCAGGAAUUUCUUGCCACGGGGCGCGGGCAUCGUCACGCGCCGGCCGCUGGUGCUGCAGCUGAGAAACACGAACGCGCUGGGUUCCCCAGAGCAGACUCAGCAUGGAGGCGCCGCGCUGUCGGGGGCCCUGCAGCACGGCCACUCGGAGUGCUCCAGGGCUUCGCGCACCCCCCACGAGGACCCUCCGGGCCACGAGGCGGACGGGGUUUCGUCAAGGGGUUGGGUGGAGUUCGAGCACCGUCGGGGCGAGCGGCUCAGCUUCGCGGACGUGUGCCAGGAGAUCACCGCGGAGACGGAGCGGGUGUGUGGCAGCAGCCACGCCGUCAGCGACGAGCCAAUAUUACUACGAAUAUUCUCGCCCGGCGUCACGGACCUAACCUUGGUGGACUUGCCAGGCCUCACGAAGGUGCCCACCGGCGACCAGCCGGCGGACAUAGCAGACCGCAUCCGCAGCUUGGUGAUGCGCUACAUCUCCCAGCCGAGCUGCAUCAUCCUGGCCGUCUCCGCGGCGAACGCGGAUCUGGCCACCUCCGACGCGCUCGCGCUCGCGCGGGAGGCCGACCCCGCUGGCGACCGCACCCUCGGGGUGCUGACGAAGCUGGACCUGGCUGGCGAGGCGCAGGGCGCCGUCGAGGCGCUGCAGGGGCGGCUGUACCCGCUGCGCCUGGGCUACGCCGGCGUGGUGUGCGGCGGCGAGGCCGCUGGCUUCGACGCGGCCCUGGCCGCGGAGAGGGACUUCUUCGAGCGCAGCCGGGAGUUUAGACAGGUGUCUGAACGCUGCGGCAUCCCGCACCUUGCACGCCGAAUGCACGAUCUGCUGUUGGACCAUAUACGGCGUGCACUGCCCGACCUACGAGCUCGGCUGCAGAGGAUCGUGGAGGAGCACCGGGCAGAGCUGGAAGCGUUUGGAGACCCAGAGCUGCUCAACCGCAUGGGCCAGGGCCCCUUUCUGCUCCACCUGCUGUCCGGCUACGUCCGCAACUUCUCCGACGCGCUCGACGGGCGGUCCGCCAGCUACCACCAGGAGGCGAUGCCCGACAAGCUCGUUGGAGGCGCACGACUCCACCACAUAUUUCAUCAGAUUUUCUUGAAGGCGAUAUUGGACUUUGGCGCCUUCAGCGGCAUGCCUGAUGUCGAGAUCCGGUUGGCCAUGAGGAACGCGGCAGGUACCAAGCCGCAAUUGUUUGUGCCCGAGGUGGCGUUCGAGGCACUCGUAAAGAGGCAGAUCCAGAAACUCGAGGAACCAUCGCUGCAGUGCGUGCACCUGGUGUAUGAGGAGCUGAAGCAGCUGGCCUCGCAGAGCGAGGACGCGGAGAUGCAGAGGUUCCCGGGCCUGCGCGAGAAGGUGCUGGAGGUGGUGCAUGGCGUCGUGCGCCGCUGCGUGCAGCCCACGAGCCAGAUGGUCUCGAACCUGAUCAGGAUCGAGCUCGCUCACAUCAACGUGAGCCAUCCGGACUUCAUCGGUGGCCACCGGGCCAUGUCAGAGGCCUUCCAGGCCGCGCACGGGCGCGUGGCCGGCGAGCGGAGCCCUGGGCGCGCCGAGCUCCCAGUCGGGGCGGCAACCGCGGCCGUCGAGGCCCCGCCCAGCGCGCGCGACGUCAAGCAGAGCGCCGCAGAGUGGCCCCGCAGCCAGUGGGGCCGCAAGGGCUCGAGGGAGGACGAGUCCUUGCGCCUGCCAGCGGUGCCCACCGUGGUCGCCCCCUCAGAGGUGCCCACCGGCAAGGAGCUCAUGGACACUCAGCUGCUGAAGUCGUUGCUGUCUUCCUACUUCGAGAUCGUGAAGCGCAAGAUUGUGGACGCAGUGCCCAAGACGAUCAUGCACUUCAUGGUCAACGCAGUGCGGGAUAGCCUCCAUCACGAGUGUAUCGCAGAGGUCUACAAGAGCGAACUAUUUGCGUCCUUGCUGAGCGAGGCGGAGGAGGUGCAGAGGCAGAGGCUGCGCCUGAAUCGGCGCCUGGAGGAGCUCCGGAGGGCACAGGACAUGCUGGCGCAGGUUCGCGACGCCGCCAUCCAUUCGAGCGUAUGAGUUCGACUGACAUGCCAGCCCACGCAGUCAAGGCCUCGGCGACAUGGGCGAGGACAUGGGAUAUCCUCUCCGUCUUUAUCACCCUCGCCCCUUCUCAUGGUCUUCGUCUCUUGUGUAUCCCUCUCGCGGAUGGCGUCUCUCAUCUCUCAUUGCUGCUAGGUUCCCCGCGAGCUGCGUCGCGAGUAUCCGCACAGCCCACGGGGCGCUGCGUCGGCGGGCGCUCAAAAAAAAACAGAGAACGUCGAAGGCGCCUCCGGGACG